AUGUCAUCAGAAGACAUCAUCCUCCCUAGAGGACAUCGUCACACUCGAAGUGCUGCUGCGGUGCACUCUGCAUCCCCUCCUUCACAACAUCCACACAACCCUCACCACCUCAAUACCCAAGGCCAUUCUCAGGACGGGCAAUCCGGAAUGAGCGCCUACCCUACGCAACCCACUACACCCCCGCGUACCCCUCGAAGGGAUAACCAACACCAAAACCAUAACCAAAACGCCAACAACUCGAACGCUCGCGAGCCUGGAUCGAAGCAGAAGGCUCGCAAGAACAAGAACCGCCCCAAAAAUGUCAUGACUUCGCCUGCCGUGAAAGCAAAUGACCGAACUACUCCCCCUCUGAAUCGAGUGCAGUCGGCGGGAACGGCAUUAUCCUCAAAGCCGAUAAACACACCGUCAAAUGCCGUCUAUGCCGGGGCUACCUUCCACGCAUCGCCCGCUCCGUCAGCUCUACCAAUACCGAGCUUCUACUCAAAAUCAGUGCCGGAAUCCCCUGGAAUAAAAGCUCUCAAAGCGGCGAAGGAGGCGGAUCUGGCGCAGCCUAGGUCAUCGCGCACACCGCCGGCCGCACCGUCCUCGGGCAGAAGAUUUCAGAGAGAAGAGUCCCCACUCGACUUAUUUUUCAAGGCAGACAGGGAGGAAAAGGCACGAGCACAGAGUGCUGGGUCUGCACACAUAGCUGGGGAUCCCUCUGGACCUUUUCAACCUCCCCCUCGGUCGGCACUGGAUGCCCAGACACCGCCUGCCCAAACCAAUCCUAACCAUGCCCGCAAGGGCCACGCCUCUAAGCCCUCUGGCAGUGGUAUAUUUGCCAUGGACCUGGACGGCCCUUAUAACCCAGGUACACCUAUUGGGCCAGCAUUCUCUACCCCUUACUCCGAGAGGAUCAAUGCUGCCAAAUCUACAAGCAAACCCAACCGUGUUGACUCCCAACAAGCCCUUGAACGAUCUGAAGCCUUGAAGGCAUAUCUAUUCUCCGGUCACAACAUUUCACCACCCCCGGCAACCAAUGCUACUGCGGCCAGAUCUUCACCACUGACACCUGCUUCAUCUUCGCACCCGCACUAUAACAACUAUUCCCCAAUUCAUAACGGAAACGCGUCAAAUGGUACUAUUAGAAAUACAGUGCGUUCCUCCAACUUGCGGCAACAGGUUACUCCCACCAAGACACCUGAUCGCAACACUCAUUAUUCAAAUUCGAUCACCCCUUCCCGAAACUAUGGAAAUGCUUCGCCCUCUAAUCCGAAUAAUCCUACUGGCCAUGACAUUUCUCAUGCGACCUCACCUCCUGCAUUAUCACCAUAUGGCGCUUCAUCUGGCAAUGGAACCUCUGAUCUUCAGGGAAUGGAAGACAGUCUUCGUAGGAUAUUAAAACUAGACCCAGCGAGGAGCCCUUGUGCCCCAGAAGCACCCAUCAAAUCUACGACGGCAGGAAGUGUGCCAAAUUAUGCUAGUGGCAGAGUUCCACAUAUUCCCGGUACGAAUAAUGGCUUUAUGAGAUCUUAA